AUGGACACUGCGCCGGCCGAUGGACAAGGCAUUCACCCUCAACUUCGCCAGAGGAUGCUGAACCGCGCCGCCACGUUUGCUGAGGGUGCGCGGCCUUCCACUCCACCUACAGCACCCCCUCGACGCCGCAGUUCCCUCGUUUCCGACCUCUCCGACUCGCGCUAUUCGUUGCGAUCGUCUAGCGACAGCCUGCUCAGAACGAGUGGGAGGAAUGACAUGGACAAACAUGCGACUUCGGAUGAGCCGUCACGGUGGCUUGCGCUGCCUGUUGUGGCUGCCGUCGUGCCCGCCAUCAUUGGGUUGACAGUAGACAACGGCGCAGACGUCGCUACAGACGUGUUGAUACUGGUAUUAGCGGGGUGGUUCCUACAUUGGAGUGUCAAAGUACCAUGGGACUGGUACCAUGAAGCGCAGCAACGACGAUACCUAAACGACGAUGUAGAUGACGCGACAUACGAUGACACGAUACACGAGGAAGACGAGGAUGCGCCGGGAAGUAUUGAGGAGCCUGCACGAGAGCCGCAAGCUCCAAAGCUUAAUACUACAAUCGAUGCGCCAGCCUCGCAAGCGCAGAAGGAAGCCCGCGAAGCAUUGAAGCGAUCAGAGAUGCUAGCAUUUGUUGGCUGCUUCCUAGGUCCUCUACUCGGCGCCUUGCUCAUGCACACCAUCCGCGGCCAACUCAUGCGCGCAGAAGGCAUAGUAUCCGACGCCAACCUCAGCAUCUUCCUCCUCAUCGCCGAGAUACCACCCGUCAACCGCCUGAUCAAGAUGCGGACAGAGCGCAUCCUCCACCUCCAGCGCAUCGUCCGAGAAGCUCCAAGGGAGCCAGUUCGAUCAGCAGACACACAACAACUUUCACAGCGGAUUUCAGAACUAGAGGGUCGCGUCGAUGGUGUGCAAACCACCAAUAGCAAUAACAACGAGGUAGACGUAGAGAAACUCAGCGCAGAAGUCCGACAAACAACCCAACUCCAACUCGAUGCCCUAAACCGCGCAGUCAGGCGCUACGAAAAGAGACACAUGGCGCAAUCCCUGCAAAUCGAAGCCCGCUUUCAAGACCUAGAAGCACGACUGAAAGAUGCACUUGCCCUGGCUGCCGCAGCUGCUAGGACUGGUCAGCGACCCGGCAUGAUUGCUAUGACGCUAAGCUGGAUUGCUGGUACCAUCAGCUCCAUGUUGCAAGUGGCUUGGGACGUUGUCAUGUAUCCCUUCCGUACAGCGGUUGUUGCGGUUUCAAUGGCUAAGAGUCUGUUUGUGAGAGACGAGCGGCGGGUGAGACGGAAGGGGAAGGGUGGUGGAGCAGGGCAGAUGAAUGGGCACAUGGGUGUCGCGACAGGAAGGCUGCAGGCGAAACCUGCGCGAUAG